AUGUUACAUCCCUCGAAAAGCGAUGAUUCCUUUCUACAACAACAACACAAAUCAAGAACCAACAAUCAUCAUCAUUUAGAAAUACAAAGCAGUAGCAGCAGUAAUAAUAUAAUUCGUUCCAAGAACAAUAGUCAUGAUUUGGCUCGCACUACAGAAUUGUAUGACAUGAUUAAUAUUUCAUCGGGUGAUGAAGACUUUGAGAGUAAUGGUUCUUUGAGGGAGAAUAAUGAGGAUCAUGAGAAUGGAUCAAAUGGUCGCUCAAGCUCUUCUUCCAGUUCCACUCUCUCUGAUUUGGCUUGUACAUCCUCAAUCCCUUAUACCAUCGAGAAUGAGGAACGUGCUACAGCAAACACAAACAACAAAACAUCAAACGUUUCUUCUGGGCAUACAUCAUCGUUAGCUGCCACACCGAGACGAGAGGCACCUACUGAACGAUUUAAGGAUCACUUCUCCCUCCAUCAAGGAUCGUUAUUGAGCUCUCCUAAAGCAAAUCAAUUGUUGACAUCGUCACCACGAAACACUAGUGCUACACCAAGAAUUGCCCUCUCUUCAUCACUCGGUACUUCUCCAAGAGGCUCCUUCAGAAACACAGCAAGUGUCUCAACCUCUUUUACUGAAAUGUCACCAAGGUUAAGUUCUUUGCCAGCCAUCUCAAACACAGAAAUUCCAAUCACGUCAACAGAACAGCACGUUAACCCAAUCACUACACACAGCUCAUAUAAGGGAAAUUUAUUGUUUGAUGCUUCUUUUGAAUGCGGAAAUUUGGAACGAAUCGUUCGAGUGGAUGAAAACGAGUAUGAUUUAUACAUUCGAGGUGACACCAAUGCACCAAACAAAAAGAUGUGGUUUUAUUUCAAAGUUUCCAACGUUUAUAGGAAUCAAAAAGUCCUCUUUACCAUUACAAACCUUAGUAAGAACAAAUCAUUAUAUAGGCAAGGAAUGACGCCACUUGUAUCAAGCACGAGCCGACCCAAGUGGCAACGAAUACCAGAGAAGCAAGUGUAUUAUUAUAGAAAACCUCCAAAGUAUGAAAGAAUGGCAACUACAGGUACUCACUUUCUGUCAUGGGUAUUUGUAUUUGACAACGAUGAAGAUGAAUAUUUCUUUGCCUAUUCUUACCCUUACUCAUAUACAGAUUUACAAAAAUUUCUCUCAUUUAUUGAAUAUCAGGGAUUUAAUUAUUUUCAAAGAGAGGUGCUAUGCAGAACAGUUCAAAACCGACGGUGUGACAUACUCACCAUUACAAGCCCAGAAAAUUUAAUCUCUGAUCCUUCACGAAGGAAACGAGUGGUCAUGGUGACGGCGAGAAUACAUCCUGGAGAGACGCCAGCAAGUUAUGUAUGCCAUGGUUUUAUUAGUUUCAUUGUUUCCAACCACCCAAUAGCACAGUUAUUGCGCGAUCAUUUAAUAUUCAAGAUUGUACCCAUGUUAAAUCCCGACGGUGUUGCAAUUGGAAAUUAUAGAACAUGCAGCAUGGGUUGGGAUUUGAAUAGACACUGGCUGAAUCCUCAAGAGUGGUCACAACCAACCAUUUUUCACCUAAGAAAAUACUUGUUGAAAUUGAAAAAUGAUCCUCAAUAUCAAAUUGACUUUUUUAUGGAUCUACAUUCGCAUUCUGGAGCUAAUAAUGGAUUUAUGUAUGUCAAUUAUAAUAAUGGACCUACAUUUAAAAACGCUACAACAUUUGGCACUUUUAGUGACAUGGAACAAUUAAGGUAUCCCAAGUUACUAGAUCUUCGUGCAAAAGAAUUUUCAAUGAGCGAUACGAAACGAUGUAAGGAUCCUUCAAAAUUAGGAACAUCACGAAGAGUAUUAGGUGAAGUAUUGAGGGUUGCUAAAUAUUGUUACACUCUAGAAGUGUCAUUCUUUAGCUUCAAGACCUCAAGUUUGGAAACCAAACUCACUCCCUUCACCACUGAAAAUUAUCAAAGCUUGGGCAAGAAUAUGUGUUUGGCAUUGUCAGAUUUUUAUGGUCUCUCAACAACAAGAAGCUCAUCUCCAUUUUCCAGUGAUUGA